GGAGCGUCGCGGCGGUGCCGGCCGGUAGCGGGAGGCCGCGGCGCCGCCGGGCCUGGGCCCUCGCGUCCCGCGGGAGGCGGCCAUGUCUACCGGCGAGGUGGAGCGGGUGUCGGCAGACCUCGGCGGGGCCGCCGGGGACGAGGAGGAGGAGUGGCUCUAUGGCGAUGAAAAUGAAGCAGAGAAGCCAGAGGAGGAAAAAACCAGUGCUCCACCUCCACCUGGAAGUGAAGAGGAAGCAGCAGAAAACGGCGUUGUGAAACCGAAGGUGGCAGAGGCUGAGGAUGACAGCGACAGUGAUAGCGAUGAUGAUGAAGAUGAUGUUCAAGUUACCAUAGGGGAUAUUAAAACAGGAGGUCCACAGUACAGCUAUGGAGCAGCACCUGUGAAUCUCAAUAUAAAGACAGGAGGCCGAGCUUUUCCAUCCUCUGGUGCAAAAGUCAAAGGGGUGGAUCUAGAUGCACCAGGCAAUAUUAAUGGUGUGCCACUUCUGGAAGUAGAUUUAGAUUCAUUUGAAGAUAAACCUUGGAGAAAGCCAGGGGCUGAUCUUUCUGAUUAUUUCAACUAUGGCUUCAAUGAAGAUACUUGGAAAGCUUACUGUGAAAAGCAAAAAAGGAUACGAAUGGGCCUUGAAAUCCUCCCAGUUACCUCAGCCACCAAUAAAAUCACGGUACAGCAGGGCAGAACUGGAAAUCUGGAGAAAGAGUUGGCAGUGCAGUCCACCAAAGCUGAAUUCACAUCUCCUCCUGCCUUAUUCAAAUCAGGAAUCCCACCAAACAGGAGAUUACCUGGCACAAUAGAUGUGAUUGGGCAGAGCAUCACUAUCAGCAGGGUGGAAGGACGGCGGCGAGCUAAUGAAAACAGCAACAUACAGGUUCUUUCAGAACGAUCUAAUCCUGAAGUAGACAAUUUUACCAAGCCACCUCCAUUUUUCCCUCCAGGAGCUCCACCUACUCACCUUCCACCACCUCCUUUUCUCCCACCCCCUCCAACUGUCAGUUCUGCUCCACCUCUGAUUCCCCCACCAGGUAUACCAAUAACAGUGCCACCCCCAGGCUUUGCACCACCACCCGGCGGCCCUCCACCUUCCCUCAUACCCACCAUAGACAGUGGCCAUUCUUCUGGCUAUGAUGGACGUUCUGUGCGUGCAUUUCCCUACGGCAGUGUCACCUUUCCGCACCUUGCAGGUUCUGCUCCUUCCUGGCCUAGCCUGAUGGACAGCAGCAAGCAGUGGGAUUACUAUGCACGGAGAGACAAGGACAGGGAGCGUGAGAGAGAGCGAUCCCGAGACCGGGAGCGGGAGCGGGACCGGGACCGAGACCGCGAUCGAGAACGUACCCGAGACAGGGAAAGGGAGCGAGACCACAGCCCCACUCCAAGUGUCUUCAACAGCGAUGAAGAGCGCUACAGGUACAGAGACUACGCAGAGAGAGGCUACGACCGCCACAGGACCAGCAGAGAGAAAGAAGAUCGCCACAGGGACAGGAGGCACAGGGAGAAGGAAGAGACCAGACACAAGUCAUCUCGGAGUAACAGCAGACGCCGCCACGACAGCGAGGAAGGGGACAGCCACAGAAGGCACAAACACAAAAAGUCCAAACGAAGCAAAGAAGGAAAAGAAGCCAGUGGUGAACCUGCUGCUGAACAGGAGAACACUGAAGCUGCCCCUGGGGAAUAGGCCUGUCUGAUUUCUUUCCUUUUCUCUCUUUUCUUUUUUUUGCCUACUUGCAUAUAUGUUAGUGCCAGGAAUAGAUGAUUAUAAAUCCUGUUAUUUUUCUGGG